AUGUGCAACAAAAAUAGUAUUACUGUUUCUCCAACCAAAACUAAAUCUGUUGCCAUGAAGAGGAAGAGAAAACCGACCUAUAAAAAUUCUUCUUCUUCUUUGUCGUCUUCUUCUUCAUCUUCUUCUCUUAAACCUCAUAAACGCAGGAACAGAACAAAAACAAGAAAACCUAAGUAUCUUAGUCUUCGUUUACAGCUCUCACAAACUCAAACAAACCAAACAACAACCCAACAACAACCAGAGCUGAAUCUCUUCGCUCACCACCAUUCAGAUUCCGACAUGCAAGAAGAAAACAACGUAGCUUUACUCUUCACAUCCGACGGUGGAGCAACGUUGAACGGGCUUCUAGAGGACGAAUCGACUACGCUAACAGCGACGACGGCGGAGGAGGAAGAGUCGUUAUCGGUGAUGAGGUGUCCGGCUAUAGACGGGUUGGUGAAGAAAGCGAUGAGGAGGAAGAGAAACGAUGAGGAAGAGAGAUGGGUUAGUUAUUCAGAAGUUGUGGAAGAGAAGAAGGAAAUGAUGGAGGAAGUGAAUAGUUGUGUUGGGAGUGAAACGACGUCGUUUUUUGGGUCUUUGUCUUUGAAGCUGGAUCAUGAUGGAAUAUUGAAUGCUUGGUCUGAUAAAGGAUCUCUUUAUGUUGAUGCUGCUGAUGAAGCCCCACAGACUGUUCCUGAUUUAUUCAAUGCUUCCACCCUCCUUUCCAAUGUAAUGUGGGAUGGUUAUGGGUGUGAUGUUGUUGGGAACACAUGGAAAGUUCCAGAAGGUUGUGGAGCAAACAAUAACAAUGUGAAUGUGAAGGAAGAAUUGGGUUGGAAGGUUGGGCAGAGAGAGGCAAGUUUGUUGAGAUACAAAGAAAAACGGCAAAGCAGACUCUUUGCUAAGAGGAUUCGUUACGAAGUUCGCAAGUUGAAUGCUGAAAAACGGCCUAGAAUGAAGGGACGAUUUGUGAAGAGAGAAUGA